UACCUUCCUACUGUUGUUAACUUCUUUGUUAGCUGAUAGCCUGUUAUAUGCCGAGGUCGUAAGGUGACAACUUUUUUGUUCUAUAUUUCGGAAAUACCCGUCCUCUACUAGAAAGACGUGGCCAGACAGAUUAUAUUAUAAGAAUAAAAUUAUUCAAUAGUAACCUGUAGGAUUAUAGAGGCUUUUUCAUCUUAAUUUAAAUGUGUUGGUUAUGUACGUAAGUAAGGGCCUCCCGGUCAGUUUAAAGUGACUAGUGCAAGUGUGAAACGCGUCAGCUCGAAAGGCAGGACACGAAAAGCGUGAAAAUAACACUGCUGACGGCGGCGUAGUUGAUAUUGAAGACGCCUAAAGCGCAUAGGUGUCGAGGUAAUUGGCUGAGUCAUCUCGAAGUUGAGCUGUAAGACGCAUACGUCAGAGAUACGUGUAGAUGGAACAAAUUUAAACAGUUCUUAGUGAGUCGUUGGACCUGUUACGCGCUGACUACGUUGUGCGAUCACCCCGCUUGUCCAUUUGGGCUUAGUCCAGAUUUUCGUACCGUAGAACCGCCGUAUUUAGAUUACCAUAUGACUGUUUCAUGACCGAUGAAAUUUUCGCAACAAAAACUAGUGCUCAUUCAUUCGUUUUUUGAUCAGCUGAGUCGACUUUGUAUCUGGCAGUAUUCUUUGUUUGGUGUAAACUUGCUAACGACGAGCUUCACCUUGAACUCUGACUGAUACUGGUUCCUGAUUACUACUGCUACUACAACUAUUAGGAUCAUGGUGCAGAACCGGUGCACUGAAUCAUCUUGUGUCGGUGGUGGAUCGGCUGCGGGGUUCGUCAAUGAAUCCGUCAAUUCUCACCAGAGAGUAACCACUGCGGCGUCUAGCGUUUUUAACGCGUUCGGUGAUGUGGCUCCUUCAACCUUGUGUGCCUGCCAAAGAAAACGACAGCAAAAGUCUGCCCAGACCACUUCUGACCAAAGCAAUAACGGUUCCGUUUCAGCAGCGAUGUUUCAUACGGGUCUGGUCGUGAUCGCUUCUCCAGUGCGACAGAUACUCCGUCAGGUGGCACCAUUUUUGCGCGAGGCUCGACAAGUUGUCGAUCACACAUUGUACAUUCGUCUUGAGCCCAAUUACCAGUGGCCCCAAAGAAAGCAGAUGCUGACUGGGGGCGAAGUAUCCCUUCUUCGUAGUAUCAUACCGAGGAUCUACGGCGAGGCCGCCCGUGAAUGUAGCCAUCUUGACGUUCGGGUACUGCAGAGCUUUUUGAAGAAUGUGGAGAUACGCGAGACGUCGCUAGAGAAAAAAAUUGAAGUUGUGAUUGCUCACAAACAGCUCAAUAACCUCGAUUCUUAUGUCAAGCACCAAUUCGACGUCUCACCGAAAGUUCAUUUAUUCGAGCCGCCGGUUACAGUCUCUACGGAAACAAACUCCGACGGCGGCGAACCUUUGGAUGAGAAGAAUACGGUGACGUUCUCUAGCGUUUGUCUCGGCGGGACUUUUGAUCGACUGCAUCUUGGACACAAAGCUUUACUCAGCUCGGCUGUCUCAAUAGCUACAGAGAAACUUGUCGUUGGUGUAACUGAUGGCGACAUGAUCAAAAACAAACUAUUGUGGGAACUCAUUGAGCCAUUAAAUGUACGGAUUGAGGCGCUACGUUGCUGUCUUCAGGACAUGGACCCUUCGCUUAAAUACGAAAUUGAGUCCAUAAGUGAUCCGUAUGGACCAACUGUGCGCGAUGCCUCCCUGCAGUGUCUUUACGUGUCGGACGAGACCGUUAAAGGCGGACUAAUGAUUAACGAGGAGCGCGCUAAAAGGAAUUUUCAGCCGAUGACACUAUACAAUGUGUCUCUUGUGAAGAACUUCAACAAAACCGAAGAGUUUAUGGAUGACAAAAUCUCUUCUUCGUCGCGACGAAUCGCCCUUUUAGGAAAGGUUUUGCGCAAGCCAGCGCGAAACUUGUCGAUUCCUGCCCAACCGUACGUGAUUGGUUUAACCGGUGGAAUUUGUUCGGGGAAAAGCUACAUUACAAAGAUACUUGAGGGUCUGGGUGUGGCAUGCAUUUCAGCAGACCUCACGGGGCAUGAGGCAUACGCCGCCGGAACGGAAUUAAAUCAAGAAUUGGUGGAUACUUUUGGUUAUGAAAUUCGUGCGGAGGAUGGGUCAAUAAACCGCAAGGCUCUAGGAGCGAUUAUUUUCUCGGACGCAUCGAAAAGACAGAGGCUCAACGAACUCGUAUGGCCGGAGAUUAAAAGGUUGCUACAAAUUAAGGUUAAAAAGGCCGCUGAAAUGGGUGCUCGUGUGGUGUGCAUCGAAGCAGCCCUAUUGUUCGAAGGCGGUUGGGACAACCUUGUUCAUUGUGUCUGGUAUUCGGUAAUUUCCGAGAAAGAGGCAAUUGCUCGGGUCAUGAAAAGGUCUGUUUCUGCGACAGUUUUUACAUUCAUCUUCUUAGACAAGUGUGACGCAGAGAUGGCGAUGAGAAAGGUUCGAUCACAAAAGCCUGCCAAGAUGUUUAUGGAUCGAUCACACGUUGUGCUCUCUACUAUGUGGAAAGAUGAGGUGACUCAAGCACAGGUAGAGCGAGCCUACCAAGAAAUCCAGAAGUACAUCCAGAAAUAGGCAAAAACGGCACGCACAGCACAUGUAGAGUCAAAGAACUGGUUUUCCACAAAAACAAGCAGAGAGACUCUGGCAACAUUAGGGUACAGCAGCAGUUCUUGGUGACCGGUGUUUUCAAACUUUAUUAAUAAAAAAAAGUACAUAUA